UCAGUAGAGGCAUACACACACAUACAGUCGAGACUCGAGAAGGUAGCUAGAGAACAAUAAUUGGUACAAAGAUGAAACGAAAGAGAUGUGAAAUGGAAGAGACAACGAAGAAGAAGAAGAUGACAGAGAUUGGAUCUGCCAUUGAAGAACUCUCUGUUCUUUCUAUAGCCAAGACCACAAUAGUUACCACCGAAAAAGAAGCCACUAACAUCAUCAAUUUACCUUUGAAGCCUCUCCUAUCUUUCUGCAACAUUAUCGUCCAAGUUCUUGAUAAGAUUGGCCCGACAAUGGCUGUUCUCCGACAUGACAUUGAUCAAAAUAUUCAAAGGUUAGAGAAGAUGUGGGAAUCUGAUCCUCUUGUUUACUCAAAUUUGGUUGAGAUACUGAGAAAAGAAGCCAAGGAGGGAUCCUCUAGGAAACCUAAAAGCUGUAGCAGAGCUGCUUUUUGGCUAACGAGAGCGAUGGAUUUUACAUUAGCACUAUUGCAACGGCUGGUCAAAGACAUGUCACAAAACAUGGAACAAGCCAUAGAAGAAUGUUAUAAUUUGACUUUAAAACCAUGGCAUGGAUGGAUCUCUUCUGCCGCUUUUAAGGUGGCUCUUAAACUGGUUCCAAACAAUAACACAUUCAUCAAUGUGCUUGCGGCGAAAGACGAAACUCACCAAAUUGUCCAAGAUGAUAUACGAAGUCUAAUUUCAUUGCUCAUUCCACUUCUAAGCCAACUCCAUUCUAUUUUGGAAUUAUACGAAGUGAGCAAACUAAAGUCACCGUGAGAAAGAGAACUAAAGAGAAGGACUGAAGGAUAUAGUUUUGGUUGUAACAAAGUCUAACUUGUAGC